AUAAUAAUUGUAGCAUCCAAACACCAAACGCACUGACCCUUUUUCUAUCUAUUUCGUCUUACACACUGCUAAAUUAUUUUCUCGCCUCAACAUCAAAGCUUUCCGGGAAAAUCAAACAACAGUGGGAGGAAGAAAGAAGGAAAUAAGACACAAAGCCUCAUUGAUAUGGCUCAGAGGAGGCCGAUCCACGCCGUCACUACAUGGGUUCGCCGACAGCCCCCAAAAGUCAAGGCCUUUCUCGCCGUCGUUUCCGGUAUGGCUGCUCUCGUUCUCCUCCGAUUCGUCGUUCACGAUCACGACAAUCUCUUUGUUGCUGCUGAGGCUGUACAUUCCAUUGGGAUUUCCGUUCUCAUCUAUAAGCUCACCAAGGAGAAGACUUGUGCUGGACUGUCACUGAAGUCCCAAGAAUUAACAGCUAUUUUUCUAGCAGUUCGGUUGUACUGUAGUCUUGUUAUGGAAUAUGAUAUACACACCAUACUUGAUCUAGCAACAUUGGGAACGACCCUGUGGGUUAUUUAUAUGAUCCGUUUCAAAUUGAAGUCUAGUUACAUGGAGGACAAGGACAAUUUUGCAAUAUAUUUUGUGCUGGUGCCCUGUGCUUUGUUGGCUCUGUUCAUUCAUCCAUCAACUUCACAUUAUUUAUUGAACAGGAUUUUCUGGGCAUUCUGUGUGUAUCUUGAAGCUGUUUCGGUACUUCCUCAGUUGCGGGUUAUGCAGAACACAAAGAUUGUUGAACCAUUCACGGCUCACUAUGUGUUUGCACUGGGUGUUGCAAGGUUCCUCAGCUGUGCCCAUUGGGUUCUCCAGGUAAUAGAUAGUAGGGGACAGUUGUUGACAGCCCUAGGCUAUGGAUUAUGGCCUUCUAUGGUUCUUAUCUCAGAAAUUGUCCAGACAUUCAUCUUAGCAGACUUCUGUUACUACUAUGUCAAAAGUGUUUUUGGAGGACAGCUUGUUCUUCGUCUUCCUUCAGGUGUAGUAUGACCGAGAUCCUCUUCUGUGGUGGUCUACAAGCACACUGCCUACCGGAAUCAACUAGGCAUGUGUGGCUGGUCCUCCUUGUUUAUUUCCUGUUUUACUGUCCACACUGGUCUAGUUCUCUCUUGAAAUCAUGACUGGAAGUAAAGUGGAAUGUUUGUAAAGUUGGGAGACCCAGAAAUGUCUCUUUUUAUAUUUAUAUCCAAGAUACGAUUUUCAGAUUUAAUUUUAACUUGCUCUGUGGCCUAAAUGUUUUAGACUCAAGAGUGGUAUCCACAUUUAGUGUUGUGCUGUUGA